AUGAAAAAAUUAAUAGUAAAGAAUACUCAAUAGUUAAAAGCAGAAGAAAAACCUUAAAGAAAACCACUUAAUGCUGAAGAGAGUAGGGAAAAGUACAUGAGCCUUGUAAGAAAAGGAGUUAUUUAGAUAAAACUCCCAAGUAGCUAUCCUCCCAUGUUUCAUACUUGGGAAACUUACAAGGAUUCUAACUCAAAAGAUGUUUCACUUCUUUACAGGAAAAAUAUAGCACAACAUUUAACUUAUUUACAUGAAAGUGUCAAGCCUAUUGCAAGGGAAUUUGAACUUUACUAUUCACUUUUUACUGAAGGACAUCCUAGUAUAGUUGGACACGCAUUUACUAAAAAAAUUAAAAUUCUCAUUUCCUCACCAUUAGAAAAAUAGAAGGAAUAUCUUACAACCUACCAUGUUUAUAUUAAGUUAAGAGAUCCUAAUAAACCAAAUGAUAGCAAAUUAUUUUUAAAUAAAACUACUUCUAUGGCUAUAAUGCUUCAUGAGUUAGCACAUCUUAGGUGUUAUGAUCAUUCUUUCAAUUUUGCUUUACUUUUAAGAGAUAUAUAUAAAUCUGCAAUGAAAUUAAAUUUAUUUCCAAAUCAAUCAGAGGAGCACAUGAUUCCUAGUCGUAGGACCUGGGAAAGAGUUUUGUUUGAAAAAAAAGGUAAUAUGACUGAUGAAGAAUUGAAAGUUGUUUAUGAUGAAUUUAUAAAUAGUUAAGAAAAUAAUAAUAACUAACUAGACGAUAGCUUAAUUUAAGAAGAUAAUACAAGUAAAGAAAAGGAAAAUAAAAUGAAUUAAGAAAAUAUUUUAACAUGCUGUAAAAACUAGAACUAAAAUUUAACAGAUCUCUUAAAUCAAGAAAAUAGUAAAAUGGAAAUAGAAUAAGAAAUAAAUGAUAAUAAUAAUAAAGUUACUGAUGAAGAGAAAUAAAAUCCUUCAGUCAAACUAAAUAUUGGUCUUAAUUCAAGAAAGACAUUAUUAACAAAUUCACAAACGUUAUUAAAUAAAAGUAGUGCAUAAACUGCAAAUAAGUUACCUUUGAUUAAAAAUUUAUCUUAAAAUUAAAAUAAAAUAGCAUAAGAAUAGACCUAAUUAGUUAAAAAUAAGUAUUCUAUCAGCCAAUAAAGUUAAAGGGCUAAAUUAUUAUCUACAAAAACAAAUCUAUAAAAAAAAUAAUUAAAUAAAAGCCAAGAAAAAUUACAAAAAAAUUGA